UUGUCAUGACAACCGGCGCUUACAGGAAAGUCAAAACUCAAAUCUGACUUCUGACAGAGAAGUUUUUACCUCUAAAUUAGUCGUUCCUGUAACGUAAGCUCCACACGAAAUGUUGUUGUGCUCAAAUGGAUUCAGGUGAAUGAUUUUCCGAGGGAUACGUCCCGGUUUAAAAUGCUGUCGACCUGCAUAGGUGUUGCUGCAGCCCCGGGGCGAGGAGGUGCGGAGCCGGAGUCAGGGAGACAAAGCAGCGGCCACAGAGGAGCACAAAGCGGUGAAGAGAGACGACAAGGGCUGGGUGUUCAGGAGUGGCCCGACGGGUCCAGAUAUGAGGGAGAGUUUGUGAACGGAUUCAAACACGGCAAAGGAAAGUACACCUGGAGAAAUGGAGAGUACUAUGAGGGCUCUUUCUACAAAGACUACAGGCAUGGGGAUGGACUGUACUACUGGCCCACAGGCCAUAAGUUCACUGGCAAGUUCUACCUCAACAGAAAGGAAGGAUAUGGACAACAACUGUUCCCUGAUGGAGCCACCUUUCAGGGUUUGUACCACACUGACCAGAGGUUUGGUCCAGGUGUGGUUAGUUAUCCAGAUGGGCGUGAGGAUGUGGGUCUGUGGAUCGGGGAGUGCCUGUUAAAGCUCUGUACCUCUGUAGAAGAAGGCUUUAGCUUGAAGAACUUAUCUGAGUAUGCUGCCUACAUGGACCCAGCUACUGCCACAGAUUCCCUCACUCAGCCUCCCACUAAUGGUCCAAAGACAAAAGCCAGGACUGACUUUGAGGUGGUUACGGACACAGAUCUGCUGUCAGAUGAUGAUUUUAUCCUUCCGUCCGGCAUCGAAAGUUACUCAACAGAUGGUGACCACUUGCCGCUGCCCCCUGGCCGAAGAAGAGAGUUGGAUCAGCACUUUUUUGGCGAGCUGUAUGAGCCAGACGCUUAUCCACACAGAGGCUAUGAGCGAGACCCACUUUCCACCCUUCCCUUACAUGCCCGCAUGCAGGCUCACAUACACAAACACAGGCUACAGGGUGAAAAUAUGGGCUGGGACGUGGCAGCUGUUCUCUCUCUGAACAGGGAAAGUUUUGGUCCUAAAGGGCCUUUGGAAGUCAGUUCAGAGUUGUUGAUCCAGCAUGCCUCCCGAGGGGAACUGCAGUCUGUGUCACAGAUGCUCCAGACCGGUUUGGUCAACCCUGAUAUAGCAGAUUCACAGGGACACACUGCACUGAUCGCUGCCACAAUAAACUGCCAUGACGAUGUGAUCCAGCUCUUGUUGGAUAUGGGUGCUGAUAUUGACAAGUUGAAUUGUGAUGGCAUGUCUGCCCUGGCUGUGUGCCAUGUCCUCUACUACCCUUUUCAGUCUCUGCACACCACUUUAGCUGAACCGCUAACCAAAACUCAAGUUUUGACAUCUUCAUCUGCAUGUGGGAACAGUCCCCGGAUCAGCCAAGUGGACUUCACGUCAGAUACUACCAGGACAGCGGAAGAACUAACAGAACACAUCUUAUAUCAUAGCAGUAAAAUGUCCAGUGACAUCAUUGAGCAGCAUUGGCCUGGCCUGAAUGAGUCUGAGACCCCUGCAGACACUGAACACCUACAGGAGGAGAGAAAAGAGAAAGAGGGAGAAGAAAUGGGAAGAGACUGCAAGGAGAUAGAGAGAGGGAUGAAUGUUAGAGAGCGAGAAGAACUGAGCAAGAGUCAGGAUGAGAAAGAGAGCAAAGGGGAGGAAAGAGAGAUAGAGAGCAGAUGUGAUCAAAUGUGGGAAAAUGGAGAAAGUGAGUUAAAAGAGAAGGAAAGAGAAUUUGAAGAUGUUGAAUUUGGUGAGAGGAGAGAAACAGAGUCAAGAAAAGAGAACAUAGUUGUGAGGGAGGAGGUUGAGGAAGAUGGGGAGAAGACAGUAAGGAGUAUUCAUGAGGAUGUAAAGGGGAGAGGAAGUGAAGACGUGUCUGGUGUCAAGUGCUCCAUUCAGGUGUUGGAUGGUCACAUUGCACUGGGCAGCGUGCAGUGGGAACAAUGUCGAGCUAAGGCAGCAGGAAGAGUUCAGCAGGGCAAAGACAAAGAAUUGACAACCUUUGAUUCUGCCUGCUCCGUCAGCAACUAUAACAUCCAGGUCACAGAGGAAGUGAUGCAGCGCUCAGCAGAAGCUCUGAGUCGCACGGGGAUUCCUCAGCGCUUUGACACACAGGAGACUGUACGCAAAAUGGCUGCCAUGAAAACUGAACACCGUGUUCGUUUGAACACCCUGAAGCUGUUAUUGAAACGGGGAGCUGACCCUAAUGUAUCCAGGGUCCCCAUGCCUGUCCUCUUUUUAGCCAUCAUGGCAGCUGACACUGAGGCCGUCAGGAGACUUCUGCUGUCUGGAGCUCGCACUGACAUUCCCCUACCACCUGAGAGAAAAGGCCUGUAUCCCCUGCAUGUAGCUGCAGCACUGCCGGGUCCAGCCGGUCCCAGAAUCACAGAGUUGCUGCUCCACGCUGUCACUGACCCAGACGCACAGGCAUGCGACCAGAACGAGAUCUAUGAACCAGAUAAAAUUUUCAUGAAGGACCAGGAACCACUGAGCACUAAUAAGAGCUCAGAUCUCAAAGAAGGAGGCCGAACGGCCCUGCACAUGGCCUGCCAGAGAGAAAGUGACUACCGGAACGCCAGUAAGGUGGUAGCCCUCCUGGUCUCCCACAGAGCCAGCACAGACCUCCUCUGGAGUGGACACUCACCUCUCUCCCUGGCUAUAGCAGCUGGGAAUGACCUGGCAGUGGAGGAACUGUUGAAUGGAGGUGCAGAUCCCAACACCCCCCUCGGCCUCAGGGUGGGCAGCGCCCUCUGUGUCCUCGCCAAUAUCAACUACCACUUAGGUGGCAGCAGAGCUAAGCUGUUGGACAUGUUAGCAAAGGCUGGUGCCGACAUCUUGAUGCCAGUGCCAGUGGGUGAUGUUGUGGGAACUGCAGUCGACUAUGCCCACUACUCCUUCAACCAGGACUUACAUAUUGCCAACACUCCCUUCCACGCUCUGAACAUGCGGGAGAGGGAAAUAUUCAAAGCACGACGCCAGCUGCUGAGCAUGAUGGGAGAUCUGCUGAGACAGACUGCCGGUCAGAGGGAUAGAGAGAAUUUAGAGAGAGAACACUACCUCACAGUGAAUAGUACAAGUAGCAAUAUGAGGUUUGUGUCCGCGGGAGAAGAUGCCAUUUCCUCAAAUGUGCCCCUCCCCAGCUGUGAAAGCCUACCACCCAUCACAGAAAAACACAGGAAACCAGUGUUUAAGUUCUGCUACCACUGUGGUCGCUCUGUGUCUGUGAAGCUGACUCCUUGUAGCCGCUGCCACAACGUCUUCUACUGCUCCAGGACCUGCAAACUGAAAGCAUGGGGUGAAAGACACAAAGAAGAGUGUAUCCGGGUGUCAGCAUCUGCUGAUGGCAUCCAGAAGAGUGUUGUGUUUAAAUCACAAAGAAGCACCAGGCCCUUGCCUGUCAUGUUGAAAACCAAAACAGUCCCAAGGCCCUUGAGUGUCAAGCUGAAAUCCCAAAGAGUUCCUGAGCCCUUGAGCAUGGCAAAGCAGGUCUUGGAGAGCCAAGUCAACAUGAAGGAAAACUACAGCUGCAACUGAUGGAAACUAAAAUUUUGCAAACUUCGGAAGAGCUGAAGUACGACUUUAUCUACCUAAAAUUGCAAUGCAUUUCUUGAGUACUUAACUUUUAUGUAUUUGGCUGAAUGGCGAUGACAGCAUUUUGUGCCAUAAUCAUUAUUAUAACUGUAGGUUUGGAAUCUAUUUUGGUAUGGCAAUACUAGUGUAAUAAUGUCUGUCGCUAUCUGUGCUAUUUCCACAGAAAUAUUGCAAACUAAAUGGCUGCAUUUACAUACUUACUAAAUGAAUUCAGUGGAAAUCAGGACCACAUUUUAGCAUGUGACUUGUUUUAUAUGUGAAUUUUGACUCAUGCUGCUGAUCUUCACUUUCAUAAUAUUCUGAUAUUCUGAUUUAUGAAUGAAUGAAAGUGUGACAUUUUUACUCAAGUUUGCUUUUACAGAGCUUUCAAUUGCAUCUCGGGGUCCACUUUUUGGGGUUUUACCCCCAAGGCUUUUAGCCGUAUCUCAUGGUCAGCAGUUAGAGUUGUUUUGGUUUUGUUUUAUGUGAUUUAAGUAUGGAACCCAAGACAAGCAAACUCCAAUGAAGACAUUGAAAUGUGGUUGAAAACUCCAGAAAAGUUUGUGUUAAAAAAUGUUUAACUGUUUAAAUGUCAAACUACUGUUCUCAAUGUCAGAAAUUAACAUUUAAUUAGGUUAAGUACAAUUAAGUAAAACGUUUUUCUAUAUGAUUAUUUUAUUAUUUUCCUCAACCUGUUUGUAUUCUGAUCACUCGUAUAAUGGACAGUCUACUUAAGGUCAUCUGUUUGUUCAUCACCUUACCCUCAAUGAAUCUAGCAUUACACAUGGAAGUGAAGUGUUUCGCAAAUUUAUGCUAGUGUUUUGUCACUUUGAGCUUUCCUUUAGUGCUAAACACUGUCAGUUUACAACACAUCGCUAACAUGCAGAACGGCAUGACAUUUUCUGAGUACUUUCACACUUCCAGUGAGAAAAAGUUCAACCUUGAUGAUUUUACACUAAUGACCUAAAUUUAGUAACCUUCCCUGUUGCACCGCCCUCAGACAAACAUCAGGCUUGUGCUAGACCUCACUGACUAUGUUAUCUUAGCAAUGCUGAUGGUUAUAAAAAAAAGUUUCUAUAUUUUUGCAAGGCUUUUGACACAGUUGAACACAACUUUCGGUCCUUGGAAAAAUUUGGCUUUGGCACUUUUGUGCAGCUAUUAAAACUAUGUACAAGAAUGCACAUUGUUCAGUUAAAAUGUAUGGAGGCACCCUCCCAGGUUUUAUAAAGUGCAGUCAGACAGGG